AUGUAUAGUCCAGACACUGAUAAGAUGGAACGCAUUGCGCUGGUGAAUUUGAAGGAAUGGCACCCCGCCUGGAGCAGUGAUAGGGGAAACGCUACGAUUACUCUCGAUGUUGGUGAUGGAAUGAGAACUGCAAAUGUGCGGCGGUUACAUGCACAAAUGUGUGCGGCAGCAAUGGGGCUUGAACUCGGCGAUGCUGAUGGCAAUAUCAGCCGGGCUGGGGAAGCAGUAGACCUAUAA